AUGGUGCGCUUCCCGCUGGAGCUCACGCUACCAGCGUCUUUGCUGCUUCUCCAACUGCUUUGGUCCUAUGUUUAUCCGUACCUCCCGGAUGAGCUGCCCCUCCUGGCAGAACAUCCGCCAAAGGAAGCGGAGGCUCCAGCAGCUCCCACGGCCACGCAGACGGACGGGGAGUCAGAGCGGCCAGCAGGAAACGACGAGGUUGUUCUCUCGGAGAAGUCGGUGAAAUGGCUCACCCCGGCCGGGGAGAACAGGCAAGUCAGCAGCUUUGGCCUGUCGGGCACUACUGAGCUGCCUUUGUUUCCGCUUGGCACGACAUUCUACGCUUUGAGUUCACAUCCAACCUUGCAGAUUUUCGAGCCUCGCUAUCGUCAGCUUUACCACGACGUCCUGUCGUCCGGACAGAGAAAUUUCGUGGUGACUGCAACAGAUCCGGAAACUGCACGCCUGGCAUCUUAUGGUGUGAUUUUUCAGGUGGACCAGGUUGUGGAUGUGGCAGAGAAGACAGAUGGGAAGAUAAAGUACAUCGCAGAGCACACAGUGAAGUCUCGCGUGCAAAUUCACCGAGUCAUCAAUCCAGAAGACAGAGCGGACCAGAAGGGCUACCUUCGAGUCUCAGCAUCUCCGGUGGAAGACGAUUCGGAUGAUGCGGAUGAGUUGCACGAUCUGGAGGCCGAGGUUACUGAGCUCUUUUCGUCUCUAGUCCAGGACGUCGACGAUCUGCAGGCUGAAGUUGCAGCUCGAGGGCUUCGCGUGAAUGCAUCGCGCGAGGGCGGCUUGUGGCAGCUGUCUUCGUUGUGGCUGGACAAGUACGCUGGGUACCGCCUGCGAGCGAUCGAGCAGCAGAUGCUCUCCCAAGUCAAGGAGAUCUAUGAGCAGUACGCCAGCCAGCACAUGCAGGAGAGCAUAAAUCCCAGCGACAUGCCGCCGUCUGUACAUGGAGAGGUGCGUGAGCUCAAGUCUCUGUUUGACGCCGAGAUUCUUCGCCUUGUGGGGGAGCAGGUCAGCUUGGGGCAGCUGCUCUUGCAAAGCCGCUCUCAUAAGGAGCGCCUGCAUUUGCUGCGCUCAGCAUUUCAGGUGGAGCGCCUCUUUGCUGCAGCUGCGGAUCCCGAGUCAAUGGCAGCAGCUUUCGUCGGAUGA